GAUGAUUUUGUGUGCGUCGCCCAGGUGGACAUGCAGGCCAACGGCCUGUCUGAGAACUUCACGGACCCCCAGCUGGAGCGCCAGGUGGAGACCAUCCGCAACCUGGUGGACUCCUACAUGGGCAUCAUUCAUAAGACCGUCAAGGACUUGAUGCCCAAGGCCAUCAUGCACCUGAUGAUCAACAGCGUGAAAGAGUUCAUUAGCUCUGAGCUGCUGGCCCAGCUCUACGCUCUGGGAGACUGCUCGGCGCUGAUGGAUGAGUCACCCGAUCAGCGGCAGCAUCGGGAGCAAGUGCUCGGCAAGCACGCCGCCCUGCAGGCCGCGCUCGACAUCAUCAACGAGAUCUCCACCUCCAGCUAUGCCGCCCAAUCGGACCUCUCGCGUUCCGGCACACGACACUGCAGCUCCACGCGGCCGAAAAAGUCAGCGAAUGGCGGCAAGUCUCAAACCCGUGGCCGGGCCCCGCCCGUGCCCGUCCAUGCCAACCAGCGGCUUCCCGGCCCAGCUUGCGUGCCCAGGAGGCCUGCUCCGGCAGCCCCAAACUCCAAAUAGGAGGACGCCGCCGCCCGCAGCCCCGGCGACCUCUAUCCAGCUGUGCGAUGUGUGAUCCGUCCCGAGCGCCGUCGUCUGCCGCCUGCACACUUUCGCAAGUCAUGAGCUUGUUUUGUACAGACACUACCGUAGGCUGCUGACUUUUCCACAAGUGCCUGAACUUUUUGUGUAAAUAUACAGUAAAUAGCAGUUAUUCUAUGAACGCGG